AUGAGCGUCGCGUCGCUCAGCGAAAUGCUCCUCGUCCGCCGGCGCGGCGCGGCGCAGGCUCAACCCGCCGCCGCUGCCGCUGCUAAACAGUCAUUCGCGGAAUCAGAUGGUUACGUGCCGUGCCCGAAGUUCCAACCCUGGAAAGACGCGCUUUCGCGCAUCUCCGCCUGCAAAUGGCGCAGACCGGAUUCCGCCUUCCCCCCAAGCGCCUCCUCCCCGUCCGUCGCUCUGCGGCUGUUUAUGAUUGACUUUCUCGAAGACAAGAGAGGCCGCGCGGUUGAGAACGAGUGCCGCGAUCGGCGCUGGAUCUGGCCGCGACCGCUCGUCACGGGCGGAGAGGUUUGCGUUGACGAGGAGGACGAGCUUCAAGUGGACGGCGAUGACUCUAACGAUGAUGACAAUAACGAGGAAGAGUUGCCGGAGCUCGUGGGCGCGGCGGAGCUUAUGGAGCGCGUGCGCGCGGCGCUGGGGCAGAGGCGCGGGGAGCAGCGGUCGCGGCUGGAGGCGAACGAGGCGGACGAGGUGGGGGAAGUAGGCGCGCUGGGGGGAGGCGGAGUGCUGCGCUUCGAUGACGUGUUUGUGAACUCUAAGGGGACUGUUUUUAACGAGAGCCACGUGUUUGCUGUGGACGCGUGCGGGCGGGGGCAGUGGAACCGGCAGGGCGGCGCAGUGAAGGCGCUGAAAGAUUCGAUUUCCUUUGCGCCGGGGACCCGCGUGAGCGUGCACGAGCACCUGGUGAACCUCCUGCCGUACGAGCAGGAGGAGGCGGAGCAGCUGGCGGAAGAGGCGGAGGAGGCGGAGAUGGCGGAGCGGGGGCUGCGAGGGACGGACUGGGUGGCGCAGGCGCGGCUGCACAACGGCAAGGAGCGGCUCCUGGCGCGGCUGCUCCCCGCGCUGUACCUGGUCGCGACUGCGCUCAUGCCCGCCGCGAGGCAGUACCCCCUGCUGCUGCGGAGCGAACACCUUCUGGAGCAUCUGGGUCGCAGCAUGUUCGGGGUGGACUUGGCGUCGCUGUCGGUGCAUCACCUACCAGCCAGCAGGCAGCAUCACGAGGGCCAUCGCCACCUCUUCUACGCAAGGACACUCUUCAUGCCCGUCCAUGCCAGCAGCGUGUGCGGCCUCUCCUCCUCCGGCCGGCCGCGCGCCCCUGACGCCCUCUGGCUGGCCCUGCGCGGCCACCACCUGCUGCCCCCCGACGGCCUCCCCAUCCUCUCCCCCGCCUGGACCCCCCGCCUCCCCGCGUCCGCGCAAGCCACCUCUCCCCCGCAAUCCGCUCCGCCGGCCCUGCACCCGCUGCACCACCUCGCGGUAGGGCGGACGCUGCCGGAGGAUUGGGUGGUGGUGGUGUCGCUGGUGUGGAGCGCGCACGUGAUGGAUCGCGGCGGCGGGGGCGUGGGCGACGGGAACAUGCGGACGGCGGCGACGCGGCACACGGAGGAGGCGAUGGAGGCGAUUGCGGGGAUGCUGCGGGAGUUGUAUUCGGAGGAGCGCGUGGUGGUGUACGAGGAGCAUCUGCCUCUGCGAAAAGCCAAGGCGUUGUUCUCGCGAACGAUUCUGCUGGUGGGACCCACGUCGCCUGCGCUUUCGAAUCUCAUCUUCAUGCCGUUUAACUCGACGGUUAUCGAGAUCUUACCGUACGUUGUGAACGGCACUUUGGAGUCUAGCAAGAGCAAGGUUGAGGAUUCGCAGCGAGAUGGGAAAUCGGGCGGGAAGUUGUCCAGCCAACAGAGCACUGCCACGUGGCACUACAGGCUUUCCGAGCGCGUGGGUGUGCAUCACCUGCUGUCCGUGUGCGAUCCUGAGAGGAACCACAUGGAUGAAAGCGAGAUGUGUCACGUGGACGAGGUCUACGCCACGGUAACCGCAUCUCUGCGGAAGAACCCGGUGCUGCGCGAAGCCACAGGGUUACCACCGGUGACCUUCCCCCCCGAUGACGUCAGCAGAUUAGGGGAUUUCCGCGAUUUCAUCCCGGGGACGAGGCUUCGGAAGGGGGUGGGCCAGGUGGCGGGAUUUCGGCAGUGGGCGGAGUGCGUGGCAGAGAAGGGGGAGUGGCGCUUCAAUGCUACUCCGCGGGUACUGGCGUGGCUGGAUCACGGAGUCGAGAAGUGCGACGCGGAAUGGGAAGCCGCAGGCGGAAUCGCGUCGACCAAAGCGGACAAGAUCGCGGCACACGGACCAGCAGCUGCAGCUGAUUGGAAGGUUAGAGAUACGCUCAAGUACGAGUGGGUGGUCCCAACGAACAAGUGUCCAAAGGUUACUGGUUUCGGAGCAGCACAGCUGGCCGUGCCUAGUUCCGAGCCCGCAGAAUCAGCGGAACCGGGCAGCACCGGGGGCAGACGGCGGAACGGCAGGCGCAAGCAGGCGCAGCAUGGGGAGCAAGCGGAGCUGCGGGACCAGUGGGAUCAGCGCGACGGGGAUCAGCGGGAGGGGGAUGCGCAGGAUCCGCGGGGUGAGCGGGAGCGGACGGGGGCGGCGGCGGCGCUAGAGGCGGCGGUGGAGGGAUCGUCCCUGGUGGUUCUGCCUCUGGCCGACCUCAUUCGCGCGCCGCGAUCCGCGCAGCAGCUGGAGUGGCAGCGAGCGCAGCAGCAGCAGCAGCAGCAGCAGCAGGCGCAGCAGCAGCAGCAGCAGGCGGGCGGCAGGGCAGCAGCAGCGACAGCAUCACGAGGAGUGUGUCCGGACUUCCAGCAGUGGGGCUUCUUCUCGCCUAACGCCCCCUCCCCGCACAUCCAUGCGUGCGCGUGGCGACCCAUGGCAGCUGACGAUACCCCCACUGCUGCCCUCCCAGUCAGCCAGAGCAGCAAGAGCAGCGAGAGAAGCAAGGGCAGCGCGGUUUUGGCGGGGCUGUCUGCCUUCAUGCAGCAGUUUCAGGCGGACAGGGCGAGCGGGGGAGGCGGCGCAGUGGGUGGGGCGGGCAGUAGGGCGGGUGGGAGCGGCGCACCAGUUGGUGGGAGGAGCGUGGCGGUGCAGCAGGACUGUGAACACUGGAAAUGGCUCUGGCCGCGCCCCCUGGUGACACGUGGCGAGAUGUGCUUGGACGAGGACGAGGUGAGGGAGUUUGUGGAAGAAUGGUUGUGGGCGGAGCAGGAGCGAGAGCAGAAGGUGAUGGAGAAUGAGAGGCAGAAGGAGAGGCAGAAGCGAGGCCUUGUGAAAGACGAGGUUGCUGGGGAGGAGAGUCCUAAAGAAGGGUUAGAGUUGCAUCUAAAGGAGGUAUUUAGACGCACUCAGGAGGCGAUUAACUACAUAGAGGCUGAGCGUGGGGCGCGGGCGGUGGGAAGCGGGGGGGGAGAGGAAAGGGAGGAGGAGAAGGGGGAGGGGGUGGAGGAGGAGGGGAUGGAGGUGGGGAUGGGAGGAGAGAUGGGAGGAGUGGUGGAACAGGGAGGGGUGGUGUUGCUGAGAGAUGUGUUUGUGGAUGGGAGGGGUGUUGUGUUCAACGCGUCCCAUGUGUUCUCAGUGCAUGGGGCGUGCACCAGCACGAGGGCAGGUGGCAGGAAGAGGCAGCGUGUAGCAGCGCUGAAGCUGAAGAAGCACAGUGUGAGCGUGAGGGAAGGUGGCAGGAAGAGGAAUCAUGCAGCAGUGCAGAAGCUAAAGGAAGAGACAGGUAGCAGCGAUGCAGAAGCUGAAGAAAGUGCCCCCUUCCGUUCUCUCCAGUCCCUCUCCUUCCCCCCAGGCACCCCCGUGAGUGUGCAUGAGCAUCUGGUGAACUUGCUCCCCUAUGAACACGAGCAGGAGGACGCGGAGGAGGGUGGGAGCGAGGGGAGCGGAGGAGGAGAGUGGGUGGCUCAGGCGAGGGUGCACAGUGGGGGGGCGAGGGGGCUCGUGCGGCUGCUGCCUGUGCUCUUCCUGCUCGCCUCCUCCCUCAUGCCCUCCGCCCGUCGCUUCCCGGUUCUGUUGAAUCACCGCCAUCUGCUGUCGCAUCUCGGCCCGGAUGUCUUCGGGGUGGACCUCGCCCCACUUGCCAUCCACCACCCCUCAGGCCUCCUUCACGGCGUCUACAGCAGCAGCACCACCAACAGCGAUGGUUCUUACAACGACCCAGACACUGGUCUUGAUCCCACCGCUGCCACCACCACCGGCAUGGCCCCCCACCUCUUCUUCGCGAGAACCCUCCUCCUUCCCAUCCACACCCCCAGCCUCUGCGGCCUCUCGUCACCUGCGCUCACCGGACUCCACUCCUCUGCACCGCGCGCCUCUGACGCCCUCUGGCUGGCCCUCCGCGGUUACCACCUGUUGCCCCCACACGGCCUCCCCAUUCUCUCCCCCAACUGGACCCCCCGCCUCCCUGCGCCCCUGCAAGUACCACCACCUGAAGAUUCACCUGACGGGCUGGUGGUGGGGCGGGCGCUGCUGGAGGAUUGGGUGGUGGUGGUGUCUGUGGUGUGGAGUACGCAUGUGAUGGAGGGAGGGGGAGGGGGGGAGGGUGUGAGGGAGACAGAGGCAGCCAUGCAUGUGAUUAUAGCGAUGCUUAAGGAGCAGUUCUCGGAUGGGAGGGUGAUUGUAUAUGACGAGCACAUGCCGCUGCUGCAAGCCAAGGCAUUGUUUUCAAGAGCCAUACUCCUGGUGGGCCCCACAUCGCCCGCCCUCACCAACCUCCUCUUCAUGCCCUUCAACUCCACCCUCAUCGAGCUCCUCCCCUACCCCGUCACGCGGCCCCGCUCCUCCCUCCCCCUCUCCCUCCUCCUCCGCUCGCCCUACCACAAGAAAGCAGCGGCAGAGUCGGCUCUGAUCGGCCAACCGAGCCCCACCACGUGGCACUGCCAGCUGGCGGAGCAGCUCGGGAUUCAGCAUUAUCUGAGCGUGUGCGACCCCACGUGGCUGGACAAGAACACGGGGGAACAGUGCCACGUGGACGAGGUGUAUGCUACAGUGCUCGCUACAGUCCGAAGAAACCCAACCCUCCUGGCCCUCACAGGGAUCCCCGCAAUCUCCUUUCCUCCCAACGCCUUCCAGCCAACCCCCGAGCCUCCUACUGAGAGCAGCCUCGGCAUUGGUGCCAGACCUAGUGACUUCGCCGAAGCGGCCACCAGGUUCAGGGAUUUCUUGGAGCCGAGCCUGAUCCGGAACCAAGGAUCCAGGUUCGGCAAUUUCAGCGAUUUCAUCCCGGGAUCGAGACUGCAGAGGGGCACGGGAGAGGUGGCGGAGUUUAGGCGGUGGGCGGCGUGUGUGGCGGAGAGCGGGGAGUGGCGCUUCAAUGCCACCCCGCGGGUGCUGCCCUGGGCCGAACGAGGCUUUGACAACUGCGACCUGUUCCACGUCCGGGAGAACGGAGGCUUGGCUGGAGCUGCUGCCGACGCUGUCGCUUUGGAUCAGGAGAUGGGUGGGGAGGAGCGGGAGAAGGCGUGGAAGGUGAGGGAUGCGUUGAAGUACCAGUGGGGGGUUGCCAAGGAGAGGUGUCUGCGCGUGGUUCGUGCAAAGCUAGGCGCCCGAGCCCAGGCUGUUCCAGGUUCGGAAGUUUCUGAACCUGACGAGCUGUUCUCUAGGUUCGACGGGCGGGCGCUGUGCGAGCUGGCUCGGCGGAGGGUCGGCGGGCUGAGAAUUGCCUUUGUCGGGGACUCACUGACCCGGGAGGCACACAUCUCUUUUGUACAUAGCAUUGUAACACACGUGCGGAAGCCAGCGAGCGUGGUAACCAGAGAGGACAGCGCGGCGUGGGUGGCGCAGAUGUUGCGAAAAAAAGGAGAUUAUUUCACCCGAGCGACAUACCGAUUUGAUGAUGUGGAUGACGGCGGGUGUGGAAAGCUGGUGGUGCACUACAUUGCCAACCGGCGGCUUGUGCCUGUGUGGGAGGAGAAGAGGGACCGUGUGCGAUGGAUUAGCACGCCGUGGAUGGAGAGUGAGGAGAUUAAGGGGGCUCAUGUGGUGCUGUUGAAUCGAGGCGCACAUUUUAAAUCCACGGGGCAUGUCGUGUUGUCGGUGUCGCGUGCGCUGCAAUUUCUCCGGUAUAAUUACCCCGAGAAGCUGAUCAUUUACCGGGCGACGGCCACUGGUCAUCUCAACUGCAAGGACUACAACAAGCCCCUUUUAAAGCGGCAAAACGGGAGCGAUUUACCCUUUCAUUGGGGGGAAUUCAAGGCGCAAAACGAGGCGGUGCGGCCCAUAGUGGAGGCAAUGGGGGGCGUGUUCAUGGAUGUUGAUCAUUUAAGUGCCUUGAGACCUGACGGGCAUAGAGGGUUUGUUGAGAAAAUGGACUGCUUGCAUUACUGCUUGCCGGGACCGGAAGAUACAUGGUCAGAGUUCCUGUAUAAUAUUAUUCAGAGGCUAGUUCCUGUAAAGUAG